UGUGAACUGUGCUUGUUAAUUGCCAAGUUAAAUGGCAAGUGGCAACACAACUCAUACAAAUUUUUACUUUCUGCUCAUUUCAUUCGUGGUAAAAUCUUAAUGAAUACUUCGAAACUUUACUAAAAGUUAGCAAGAUUUUUAUUCUCAUGUCAAUAAUUUAGCACAAGUAUAAAAUAAAAGCUAGCAGUGUUUUAAAAUAAUUUGAUACAAUUUAGUAAAUUCGUGUCCCAAUGUGUGAUUAGUACUUUAAAAGUGAAGAUAACAAUAUAAUAUUAUCUUGUUUCAAAUCCGAAAUCGUCAAAGAUAUCAGCUGCCGAGCUAUAAAAUUAGUGGGGUCGGCUCGAGCAAUAUUCUGCAAGAGCCGCAAUUCAGGCAGCGGUGAUGUGGGGAUGGCUAGCCGGCGCGUGACGCGCAAGUGGGAGGUGUUCGCGGGGCGCAACCGAUUCUGGUGCGACGGCAGGCUUAUGACCGCGCCCCAUCCCGGCGUUUUCUUACUCACGCUGGCUCUCAUCUGCGGCACCUGUGCGUUGCACUUUGCGUUCGAUUGCCCGUUCCUCGCAGUCCGCGUCUCCGCCGCUGUGCCGGCCGCCGGAGCCGCUCUGGCCGCGACCACACUGGCCGCGCUGCUGCGCACGGCCUUGUCCGACCCGGGCAUAAUCCCGCGGGCGCCGCCCUACGAGGCCGAAGCGGCUGGCGCCGCCGAGGUUGAGGCGGGAGGUAGGCCGCCUCCGCGGGCUCGCGAGGUCCUCGUGCGGGGUCGCCCAGUCAAGCUCAAGUACUGCUUCACGUGCAAGAUGUUUCGACCGCCGCGUGCGUCGCACUGCUCGCUGUGCGACAACUGCGUCGAGCGUUUCGACCACCACUGCCCGUGGGUAGGCAACUGCGUCGGCCGCCGCAACUACCGCUACUUCUACCUGUUCGUCGUGUCGCUGUCGUUCCUGUGCGUGUGGGUGUUUGCGUGCGCGGUGGCGCAUCUGGCGCUGCUUGCGCGAGGCGAGGGUGGCGCGACAGCAGCGCUGCGCCAGAGUCCGGCGUCGGCGCUCGCGGCCAUCGUCUGCUUCCUCUCCGUGUGGUCGGUGCUCGGGCUGGCCGGGUUCCACACGUACCUCGCCUCCGCGGACCGGACCACCAACGAGGACAUCAAGGGCUCGUUCUCGUCGCGUCGCGGCGUCCAGAACCCGAACCCGUAUUCGCGGGCCAAUGCCUGCGCCAAUUGCUGGCACGUGCUGUGCGGCCCUCUCGCGCCGAGCCUCAUAGACCGACGCGGCGUAGUCCCGCCCGAUGGCCACGACCUGCCGCCGAGUUUCGCGGCGGCGUCGCGUCCGCCGCCCGCCGCGUUCGCCGCCUCGCCCGUCGCGCCGCUCCCCGCUCCGAUCUCUGCGCCGCCGAGACCCCGAGACGCGGCCCGCGCGCUCCAGGCGACGCCGCCGGAAGCGAAAGGUUCCUCGUCAGGCAGCUACACGAACCUGUUCGCGCUGGGCGAGGAGGCGAGACACGCCUACACCAACCGCUCGCUGGAAGCGGGGGACACGGGCGCGGGGAGCGAGGCGGCCGAGGCGGGGCUGAGCGCGUCCCGCCUGCGGCUGCUGCUGCACACCACGAUGAUCGACGCCGCCCUGGACCUGGACGACCCCGACCCUCCGCCGCCGCAUCUCGCGCUUGCCCCGUGACCGCCGUCGCCGCCCUCUGUACAUAUUCCGCACCCCAAUAAACUCUUUACUAUC